GAAUUUCGCCAGAGGCACGUCGCUGAUAAGCUCACAUAAAUUAAUGAGGAGAGAUCUCUAUGUUGGGUUUCCCUCAGUUCUCUUUGAAUCGCGACGUCGAACAGUCGAUCGAUCUGUGUUCGUGAAAAAUUUAGACCUUCAAAAUGCAACUGAAAAGUGCGUGGAAAGUCUUGCUUCUUGGCCUUUUGGCCCUUCAGCAUUUGGAGAUCGCUUCUGGUUCACGAAUCUUGGCCGCCUUCUUCUUUCCUGGUAGGAGUCACUUUAUGAUGACCAAUGCCAUUAUCAGGGAGUUGGUGAAGCGGGGACAUGAGGUGACUUUCAUUACACCCUUCUCUCUGGCCAAGGAAAACUUGGGGUCGAAUUAUACGGAAAUUCUUAUAAAGCAAUACAAUUUUUGGCCCACAGUUAUGGGCAUGUCAGAUGUUAAAACCAUUCUGGAUAUGUCAGAUUUGUCAACUUUGACAUUCAUUAAAAUGGCCUAUGUCAUGGGUUUGGAGAGCACGGAGUUCGCCUUUGAACAGCCGGAAGUUUUGAAACUUAUCAACGCCAAGGACAAGGUCGGAAAAUAUGAUCUACUUCUGGUGGAGCAAUUUUUUAAUGAGGGUGCACUCUUUUUGGGUCAUCUUUAUCAAAUACCCACUGUAACAAUCUCGACCUUUGGGUUUGCCAACUACUUGAGUCCAUUAACCGGCAUUAUGUCUCCCUGGUCUUAUGUUCCCCAUGGAUGGAGACCCUACACAGAUCGUAUGUCUCUCAUGGAACGCAUUGACAGCGUCUUUAACUGCAUCACUGAUGACAUCAUGCGGGCUGUCUGGUAUUAUCCUGCCCAGGAUGCGAUCCUGAAGAAACACUUUGCCGAUAAGUUCGACACAAUACCAACUAUCAAAGAGCUAGAGCGAAAUAUCUCCGCUUUUCUUCUGAAUUCUUAUAUGCCUCUGGAAACCCCAAGACCCAUCUCAUUCAAUAUGAUCCAAGUUGGAGGACUUCACAUUGAAAAGCCGAAGCCUUUGCCUAAUGAGUUGCAACAGUUCUUGGAUGGAGCCAAACAUGGAGCUAUUUACUUCAGUCUGGGUUCCCAAGUGCGCAGCGCGGAUUUUCCACCGGAAAAGCUGAAGAUUUUCCUCGACGUAUUCGGCAGCCUAAAGCAGCGAAUUUUGUGGAAGUUUGAGGAUGAAAAGUUGCCCAAUCUUCCCGCGAAUGUUAUGGUCCAAAAGUGGAUGCCUCAGAGUGACAUCUUGGCCCAUCCGAAUGUCAAAGUAUUCAUCUCUCAUGGUGGUCUCUUUGGCACCCAGGAGGCAGUACAUUAUGGAGUUCCUGUGCUCGGCAUGCCCGUCUAUGGAGAUCAACAGUUGAAUAUAAAGAAGGGCCAGGUUGCUGGAUUUGCUCUAGGUGUUAAUUAUCGCACAGUUACGGAGGAGGAACUGAGAUAUUCCCUGACUGAGCUCCUGGAGAAUCCCAAGUACAGAGACAACAUGAAACAAGCCUCUAAAAUCUUCCGGAAUCGACCCCUGGAUGCCAUGGAUACGGCCAUGUUCUGGAUCGAUUAUGUUAUCGAGCAUCGUGGAGCGCCUCAUAUGGUAUCAGCUGGGUUGGAUCUGCCCUGGUAUCAGUUCUAUUUGCUGGACAUCAUUGCCAUUGCUCUGGCUUUAAUACUAUUGCCGAUUUUUGGACUGUGCUUGAUCUGUCGCAAGGGAAAAUCUGUGAAAAGUCCCAAGACAAAAUCCAAACGAAACUGAAGAAAACUCAACUCAAAACAGU